GCUUUUCUUAAACUGUUAUUUGAGAAUAUAUAAGCUGCUGGUAUUACAAAAUUAGUGUUGAUGAGGUGAACAAGAUUGCUUUACAAUGGAUUGCCACUGAAAUUGAUAUACAGAUUGAAUCAAGUUGGUGGGCUGAGCUUCUGUGCCUCAAAUCUUUGCGCAUUAGCUUUUGACGGUCCAUAAAUUUGCAAGGUCACGUCUAAGAAAUUAAGAAUCUUACUCUCUGAAAACAGCUCAAAAUUUCCCACCACCUCCGCCCUUAUAUAAAGCCUUGCCUCCAAGUUCUUAUUUUCAGGCCACAGCAUUUCUUAUAAACUUCAAAAGACAAAGCUCGAAGCUACUUAUGUCAGCAAUGGAGUUCGGUUUCCCAGUUUUUCGAAGAGGAAGAACCAUGUCAAGCUGGUUUAGUUUUGAUCACUGCAAUGAUUUUUCAUACACAAAGCCUGCAGCUGAGGUUGUGGAAAUCCGUUCUACAGACCAAUGGAAAUCCUAUUUUGAAGCUUCCAAAGGAAACAACAAACUGCUGGUGAUUCAAUUCACUGCAACAUGGUGUGGACCUUGUCGAUUCAUUGAUCCAGCCGUCAAAGAGUUUGCUGCAACAUACACAGAUGUUGAUUUCAUCAAGAUUGAUGUGGACAAGUUGUUGCUGGUGGCUAUGCAAUUUGAGGCGAACACGUUACCAGCAUUUGUACUCAUGAAGAAAGGGAAACAAGUUGACAAGGUUGUAGGGGUCAAGAAGUUAGAGCUGCAGAGCAAGAUUGAACAACACAAGAUAUGAUUAUAAAUUUGCUAAUUAUGCUUUAUGACGCUUGGAGCUGUAGCCCCAAAAUCUAUCAUAGUGACCAACUGACGAUAUUCUGCAGAAGAAAAAUAAGGCUAACGGACGAUGACCAUCGCCUCUUUGUUGCGACAAAACUAGCCCUCGUUUCAUUUUUGUUGCUUAAUAUAUGCUCCUCUAUCUCUUGUACAUCAAAUAAUAAUUGACAUUAAAUAAAAGACUUCAUACCGAGUGGGUUCUUAAGAAAA